AUGGCUCCUGUGCAGUCCAAUACGGUCACCGAUGACAUUGACAAUGUCAAUUUGUCUGGCAAUGAGUCAGACGCCAGCUAUGACAUGGCUGAGGAUGCCAUUCCCACAAAUAAUCCAAAUCACGAAAUAAGCACGCCCAGGACAAUUUCCGAAGCUUUCAAGGUCAACGAGAAGGGCAACAAAAAGACAAGCAAGCAUGACAAACGUUCGCCACAGCCAGCAGGAUCCGCCGAGAAAGCUCCAAAGACGAAGCAAGCUCACUUGACUUCCAGUGAUAGUGAUGUCGUUUCAGUCACCAGUGUCAGGUCUGGCCGUGACUACAAGGAAAUGGAUCGCGACAAUGAAAUUCAAGCAAUCGAGGAGGAAGAGGAGCAUUUCUACGACAUGCUAAAAGACCAGAAGGUCACAGAAUAUCGAGACCGGUUCCUUCAAGAGGUCAAUGCUGUACUUCAAGUCCUGGAUGGCAAUCUCGGCGAAACCCCAGUAGGGUUGGCUGGUGUCCCCCAGCACACAAGAGCAAUUGCAGCCAUGUUUGGCGACGAUGUUUUGAAAUUACGGCAGAUCAUUCGGAAUCUUCAGGUAUCCCAUGGCCAGGUCUCCAGCAAUCUUGCGCUACACCAGUCUACCAUCAAUUCCUACCAAGCUAGGAUCGUGACCGAAGUCCAUUCCCGACGCAAACUCGAGAUGUUACAUCUACAAGCUGUUCGUUCAGCCCAAGACGCAAAUGCACGCCACGAACGUGAGAAGAGUGAAACCACUCGUGCAAUAAGUGCUAUCGAAGCAAUGAAAACUCGUCUGGAGCAAAACAUCGAAGAUUACAAACAUCAACUCGACAUUUUUCGGUCCAAAGCUCAUGAAACGGAAGUCAAAGAAGGCGCAUAUUUACGGGAGAUUGCCACCCUCCAAGCUUGCAAAGCUGGUCUGAAGCGUGACGCUGAAAGACGUCAAUGUCAAAUCGCAGCUUAUGAGGUGUCGCUUCAAGCGGCAGAGAUUGAACAGCGAAGGGAAAGAUUCUCUAAGGAGGAAUUUCAGAAGAGGCUUAAAAAGGAAGAGUCAGAACGCAAAGUUCUCGAGCACCAAUUGAGGCGUGAAGCAGCAGUGCACGAACAGGCGAUCAGGACAGAGCAGAGGGAUAAGGGAGCUCUGGCUGCGGAAAUCGUACAGCUUAACACUACUCACCAAACCCAGACCCAGGACCUCAGCCGUACCAGCAACAGCCGCCUCCAAGCACUUGAAGCUAUAAAGGUAGAACGGCGAGCCAGAGAAAAGGCUGCCAUGGACAAUGAGAGGCUCGAGUGCCGGGUCGUUCGGUUGCUCAACACUGUCGAGGAGGUCAAGUCAGAGUACAGCAAGAUGGCUGCAGCAGAGAGCAAGGCACAUGACGUUACGAGACUGGAGAACGAGAAUCUCAGGAAGGAAAUCGCAACCCUCAAAAAGAAACUCGAGGACACAGAAUCACCAAACACGCCAUCAGAGAAGCACGAAUCAGAUAUCAGGGUAGCACAGCGUGAAAACAACAAGUUACACAACGAGCUGGUGCGGACUAGAACGAGCCUGCAGAUCAUCCGAGCAGAGCUGAGAGAGUACCACAUUGCCUUGAGAGACGCAAUGGACGAACAUGGGACCGAAGUGGAGAAGCACAAGGAAGUCGUGAAGGAGCUAGAAGAGAAACUCACGCACUUCAAAAUGCAAGUAAAUGGACUCCACAAGUUCAUCAAAAGCAUGGUCAUCACCGACGGCAAGCGAGUUGAAACCAUCAAGAUGCUCUACGCUGAACUCACCGAAGCCAACGAUACCUCUGAGAAGCUGAAAGUCUGCCUCAGAAGUCCCAACAGCAGUACAGAACGUCGACUGGUCGCAGCACUGCUGGAUUACAAAAACAUCAGCAAAGCCUCGAUCGAAUCCCAGAUCUCCCAACUUGCGCAACUGUGCAGGAAGUUGCAGCCCUUUGGGGAAGAACUCCUCAAAACAUGUUCAGCUCUCGGUGAGGAGAUGCAUGCUCUCGCAACCUGCAUUGUUCUCCUCCAAGAGCAAAAGGAUUUCGCCGAGACCUUCCGUAAGAACGUACGCAGUACCAUCACGUCCCUCUUCAACGACUUAGGUAACGAUGCCGCGUCGCAGCGAAACGUCGGGCUCACAGAUUAUCUUCGCGAGCUGGAGCUGAGAUGUGAAGACGCUAACAGCAGGGAGGCGCUUGAAGCCCUUAAGAACUUCAUUCUAACCCAGCACCAGAAGCUCGAGGACCUCAACAAUAAAUACCGUGAAGGCUUGAGUACUCUCUUGCAGGCUUCGGAGGACAAAGAAGAGUCCACCACAACCCCACUCCGCAUCCCAGAAACUAGACAAGAGCGCGCUGCCACCGUUGCCCGAAAACUCCUGAAUCACGAAAUCACCAUUCAGAAAUUCACCACCACUCUCUCGAAGCAAUCGCUGACCCAAAUAACUACACUCGGUACCCUCCAAAACUUGCAACAGAUCAACAAAGCACUCACAGCCUCCCACGAUGCCGCCCUCAAAGAAUUGCGUGAGCGCCGUGACCAAAUUGUUGAGUUUGAAGCUUUUCAACAGGAAUGGGAGUUGAAAGAAGCGACGAUAACGGCGCAGUUGAAUCAGUCACAGACGGAGGUGAGGUGUUUGCAAGAUCUGAUCGAGAAUGGCAAGGAGGAAAUCGAACGGCUGAAAAGGCAGAUUCGUAGUCCACGGCCCGGGCUUGAACCAAGUAGCGUGGUGCAUGUGGAGGAUGUGGCCAAUUUUUUUGAUUCUUAUGCUGGAGAUACCGAUGAUGCAGGGUAUGCAGGCGGGGCAGAGGAGGAUGGAGAGGAUACGUAG